AUGGGCCAUCAAGCUGAAGUGGAAGUCCUCAGCAAAGCCUUUUUAGGAAUUGCAGUUGAUGAGAAAUCAUGGGCAUCAAUACUGACACAAUCACACCAUGAGCACAAGAGAUCCAUCAGAAGAGGAUGUUCCCAGUUCUUCUCUGAGGACGAACGUCAAUUUGAGAGGUGGAAUGAUGAUGCUAUCAAGACUCUCAAAGCUGAAGUCAAGCGUUUUAAGGAUGCUGUGGUGUUUUCCCUUUUGCAUCCAUGGGAGAAAGAUGCUCAUUUGUUGAAAAAGGCGUUAAAGAAAGGGCCACAGUAAUAUGGUAUAAUAGAAAUUACAUGUACCAAACCAUCUGAGGAGCUGUUGGGAACGAGAAAGGCUUACCAUUCCCUCUUUGAAUGUUCCAUCGAGGAAGAUCUUGCUGCCCACAUCAAAGGCAGUGAACGCAAACUCUUGGUGGCACUCAUGAGUGCUUACAAGUAUGAAGGACCAAAGGUGAAGGAGGACACUACAAAAUCUAAGGCCAAAGCACUUUUGAAUACAAUCAAGAAUGCUGAUAAAAGGAGAUUAAUUGAGGACAAGGAAGUCAUCAAAAUUCUUACAACAAGGAGCAAGCCUCAUCUUAAGGAAGUCUAUGAACAAUGCAAAAAAAUGUAUGGCAAGAGUAUAACGAAGAAUCUUGAAGCUGAGUUGUUUUUGAAAGAAACAAUAGAAUGCUUAUGGACCCUUCAUACAUAUUUUGCUAAGCAAGUAAUUCUUUUGAUGGAUUGUUUUUCUUUUCAAGUUUUGGAUACAGCUCUCAGAAUUGAUGCGAAUGAGAAUGCUAAAAAAACAUUGACUCGAUUGAUUAUAACCCAAGAAACUGGAAAUUUAAAAGGAGUCACCACUAAAUAUGCCCUUAAGAUAGAAGAAAGAGUCAGCAAAGCCUAUAAGGAUGUGUUGAUUGGGGUAUUAGCAAAAGAGGAAGUGAAUGAACAAUUUUAA